AAAAAUGGGCCCAAAAAAAGAGAAAGAGGCUGAAGUUAGUCCUUCAGUAGAAGAGAAACAGAAAAAGCUGCAAGAUUUGAUUGAGCAUCUUCGUGAGGAAGAAAAAGUGGAAAUAGCCAAUUUAAAUGCUCAGUGUAAGACGGUUUGUGACUCGAUAUAUAAAAUGUAUGAUGAUCAUCUGAAAGCUAUUCCAGAAAACCUGAGAAAUAAGACUUUAAAAGAAAUAAUGGAGCUGGAACAGAAAAAAACUGAAAGCAACGAGGAAGAAUUAUCUGUGCAACAAUUGAAAUCCGAUAUUGAAGGACAUAGAAUCAAGUGUGAAAAAAAGAAGAGAGUGAGAGUGUCAAGAUUUAAAAGGGAACAGAGAAAAAAAGGUCUUAUUAUCACCCGUAGUUCGGUGAAGUUGCAGCCAGGAAAUCUUCCAAAAACAUUUGUUCCCCAUACUCAAGUAUCCAGUGACAGUAAUUUGCAAGCAUCAAAGGAACCAGCAGCACCAGUAUUUGCCGUAAUUCCUAAGUUUAAUCCAAAGGUGGUUGUGAACAAAACCUUACUGAGAAAACCCCGUGCUGGGGAAGUUAUUAUGUCUCUAUCGGGAAGUCCAUUAAAAAAUAUCUUUGAUGACACAGCUGGUAAACCUGGAUUUGCUGUUUCCUUGAGAUGUGGAAAGGUUUUGAAUAUUAUGGCAGAUAAAGAAUUUGAAAAGGUGGAGAUGAAUGAUGAUGUAAAAAGCACUCUUGAGCUCGCUAAACAAAAGAUAGAAGAAAUUCUAAAGUCUGAAUAAUGGACAUUUGAAAAAUUUUUUGCAAUAUUUUAAAUUUGUAUUUUUACCAUUAAUUACUUUUCAAAAAUUCAUUAGAAAAUGUUUUGCAAAACUUUUAAACUUUUUGAGUGAGAAUAUUGUUUGUAAAAACUGAUGUUUUUUCUGAAACCUAAGAACUUUUGACUGGAAAGUGGUAACAUUUUCAUUGUCAUUCAAUUAUAAUGGUUCUAAAUGUGAUAUGUAACUUUGGACUACGGUUUUAAAA